GAGCAAUGGUGGCAAUUCUUAUAAGCAUCAUCUGAAGCAAGCUUGUUCAUUCAAGAAGGAAGUUAAGUUGAAGCUCCAUCUAAAGACCCACCUGCUGUGUUUGAGGACGUAACAGGAUCAUAAAUGUAUAAUGGAGCUCAAGGAGUAUCUGCUUAAAGUAUGCAGGGAGAAGGAUGUAAUAAAUGACUUGAGGUUACUAUUGGGAGAGCAAGCAGAUGACGUGGGUCUGUUGGUCUCACAGCGUGUGGUUAAUCUUCCUCCUCAGCUUUUACCACCUAUGUAUGAUGCUCUCUUUGAUGAAGUCUCGUGGGCUACAGAAGAUGAGCUGACAAAGGAGCUCCAAGAUUCCUUCCGUUUUAAGUUUUAUCUGCUAGUCUGUAAAAUUUACAAGCUCAAGAAUGUGAGCCGGAAAAAGAAGCUAGGUAGUCGGAGUGAUGAGGAGAUGAUAUAUAUUAAGCCUGAAGAUGAAAUUUUUCACCAGCUAAGCAGUUGGUCCUUCACUUUUCCUAUGCGCGCUCAGCGGGUUGAAACUCAAGAGCUGAAAAAUUACCACUUAACAGGGCUAAUGAUGGUUGUAGAUGCUGAAAAAAUUUCUACAUUCCAACAUCAGUUGCAAUCUUUAAUUGACGAAUCAUGAGACCGAAAGGUGCAGAAUUUUCUUUGUCUAAAGACAUCCUUUUCUUUUCCUUAAGUUCUGCAAAACCUUCCAAAUUUAGCGAUUCAUUUCAAUUUUUUUGACAGGUGUUUUUUAUUUUGUGAAAUACAUACAGUUGCAGACUUUGAACUUCCGGUUUCUUACAAUUUUUCUUGAUUUCCAGUGUAGUACUCCGUUCUAUUAUUUAACCCAAUUUUUUCAUCACUGCUACCAACCACCUGCUUUAGGAUUACAUUUUAUCAGAAUUGAAAUUCGUUAACACUUCAAAAUCUAAAAGCAGGAAAAAUUUUGUUUCCAUUUUUUUAAUACCUUCUAUGUCUUCCCUUUUUUAUGAUUUUCUUCUUGAUAAAAAGUUACGAGUAUCUAAAUUUGUAUGUAUUGCUAUUAACUGAAUUUUUAAAUGUUAUCUUGGUGAACUGCCUUUGAUUUAUUUGGUAGAACUUUUGUGUGUGCUUCUUCCUUCAUGUCUUUCUGUUUAACAAAUAUACAGUUUCUUUAAUCCUUUAAAACUAGUUCUUUAUAAGCCAGGGAUUAGCAAUGGAUUUUUUUUAGAAGUACCAGCGAAUUUUCAUCAUAACUGUUGUUGCUCUCCGUUAUCCAUACAAGGUUUGCAAACUCAGGGCUUCAUGGAAGUGAUCAGAGGAUACCUGGGUGAGCAAUGGUGGCAAUUCUUAUAAGCAUCAUCUGAAGCAAGCUUGUUCAUUCAAGAAGGAAGUUAAGUUGAAGCUCCAUCUAAAGACCCACCUGCUGUGUUUGAGGACGUAACAGGUAAAAUCUCUUCUUCGUUCAUCUUCUGUUUAUUUUAUCAGAUCGCCAUAUUUGAGAUACUAUAUACACCGUUUAUUGGCUGUGUUUCUUGUGCUUCCGAGUUGUAUUUUUCCGGUAUUAUUAAAUUAUAUAUUUUUAAAAUUUUAA